AAGCUAGUUGUAUUGCUUAAAUUCCCAUAGUUAUGGAGUUGAAAUCUUUGAAAUCUUCCAUGAAUAAUACUUGGAAACUCCUUGCACUUGGAACUUUGAUAUGGUGGGUGUUUUUUUUUCUCUUUUUCGAUAGUUCGUCUAGUCACAAUCUAAGUCUGGUAUUUGCUAGAAACGCAAUGCUUCAAUUAUCUCAUUUCAAGGUAUUAAAUUCGUCUAAAAAUAUAGUGAAGCCUAGUGAUGAGUACUCUUUAAGGUACAAUAUUAGUUCAAAAGUUGUACCGAAAUAUGAGGUAAAAAAGAAGUGUAAUAUGUUUGAUGGUAGAUGGGUUUAUAAAGAGGACGAGAAGCCAAAUUAUGAUUCAACUACGUGCCCUUUUCUUGAGGAGAAGAUGAGUUGUAGGAAGAAUGGAAGGAUUGAUUUGGAUUACGAAAAAUGGAUUUGGGAGGCUACUGAGUGUGACAUUCCAAGAUUUAAUGGUAAAGAUAUGAUGGAAAGGCUUAGAAACAAGAGAAUAAUAAUAGCAGGGGAUUCGCUAAACAGAAAUAUGUGGGAGUCUCUUGCUUGUCUUCUUUAUACAUCAAUCGAUUCUUCUAGAGCUGAAGUUCAAGCUGAAAGCCCGGUUCAUAAGGUCUUUAAAGCUAAGGACUAUAACUUCACGGCUGAAUUUUAUUGGAGCCCAUUUUUAAUCGAAUUCGAUAGAAACCAUAAAAGUGGCAAGAAAGUACUUGUCCUCGACAAAGUUUCACCCAACUCCGAACAUUGGAAAGGUGCUGAUAUCAUGGUUUUCAACUCGGGACAUUGGUGGGUCCAUACUGGGAAAUUCAAAGCGUGGGAUUUGUUCCAAUAUGGUAAAGAGCUAACAAAAGAAAUGGAAAUAGAGAUAGCAUACAAACGAGCCAUGAAGACAUGGGGAAAAUGGAUCAAAAAUAACGUAGAUCCAAAGAAAACAAGUAUUUAUUUCAGGAGUAUUUCGGCAGAACAUACGAUGAAGAAAUAUGAUCAAUGGUGCUACAAUGUAACACAACCUAUGACAAAUAAACCAUAUGUAUCGGUCUACCCUAAUUCCUUAGUAAAUAUUAUUGUGAGCUUGGUUGAAGGGAUGAGUAAAUCACUACAAGCCAAAUACUUGAACAUUACAAAGCUAUCUGAAAUAAGAAUCGAUGCACAUCCAUCCAUUUUUCGGAGUAAAGAUUGGAAAAUGUUUGAAGAUAAUGUUGCUGGUUAUACUGAUUGUAGUCAUUGGUGUCUGCCUGGAUUGCCAGAUACUUGGAAUCGAUUGUUGUAUGCUUCUGUUAUUUUCGAUACUUCUAAUCAGAGGACAAGCUAGAUGUUCAUAAUUUUAUUUUCUUCUCAAUUCAAUUUUGUCAAAAAUGUUAAAGUUUUGUGCACCCAUUGAUACAUAUGAAGGAUAUUAGUGUGUUU